AUGUACCUGGCUGUAUCAGAGUGGGCAAUUAGCGUUGUUCUAUUCCGCUGCCCCUCGCACAAGGAGCAGAAACCUAUUUACUACGUUAGUAGAGCGUUGGCGGACGUAGAAACAAGGUACUCAAAGAUGGAGCUAACGGUUUUGGCCUUUCGAAGUGCCGCCCAGAAGCUCCGCCCUUACUUCCAAGCCCACCCGGUGGUCGUGCUGACCGACCAACCCCUUUUCAACAUCCUGCACAAGCUGGACCUGACUGGAAGAAUGCUUCAAUGGGCCAUAGAGUUGAGCGAGUAUGGAAUUGAAUUCCAACCCAGGUUGUCCAUGAAAGGGCAAGUUGAUGGAGCCUCCCAGUCAUCAGGAUCCGGAGUAGGGCCCCUACUGCAAUCCCCAACAGGAGAACAACUGGAGCAAGCUAUCCGACUGGGAUUCCCCGCGUCUAACAAUGAAGCAGAGUAUGAGGUCAUCCUAUCCAGGUUGGACCUCGCCCUGGCCCUGUCUGCCUCUAGGCUUCGAGUCUAUAGUGAUUCCCAACUCGUGGUAAGGCAUGUCCAGGAAGAAUACGAAGCUAAGGAUGAGCGCAUGGCGCGAUAUCUGACUAAAGUAAAAGACAUCCUACAACGAUUCGCCGAGUGGACGAUCGAAAAAAUUAAACGAACUGAAAAUGGACGUGCCGACGCCCUGGCAAGCAUAGCCGCUUCCCUCCCCAUCAAAGAAGCCAUAUUAUUGCCCAUACAUGUGCAAACCAACCCCUCUGUCGUAGAAACCUCCACUUGCAAUACCAUUGAGGCAAACCAAGCAGACGGCCAAGACUGGACGGAAACCAUAAUAAGGUAUCUCCAGGCAGGCACUUUGCCCGAAGAGCCCAAGCAGGCACAUAAGACCCAGGUACAAGCCGCCCGUUUCAUCCUGAUCGGGGGGCACCUGUACAAUCGGUCCUUUAUAGGCCCCUACCUCAGGUGCCUAGACCACUCAGAAGCCUUGUAUGUGUUGGCUGAGUUACAUGAGGGGGUGUGUGGAAAUCAUUCCGGAGGUCGAUCUCUAGCGCACCGGGCUCACUCGCAAGGAUAUUAUUGGCCCACGAUGAGAAAAGAUGCGGUCGCUUAUGUCAAAAGUAAAUGGGUGGAAGCUAAAGCAUACGCUAGCAUCAAGGACAAAGAUGUCACCAAGUUCGUAUGGAAGAACAUCAUCUACCGCUUUGGAAUCCCUCAAACCAUUAUAGCUGACAACGACCCACAGUUUGAUAGCAUCACUUUCCGGAAUUUUUGUUCGGAACUGAACAUCCAGAAUUUAUACUCCACACCGCGUUAUCCUCAAAGCAAUGGAAAAGCAGAGGCCACAAACAAAACCCUAAUAACUGCCUUAAAGAAGAGGCGCGAGCAAGCCAAAGGGAAGUGGGUAGAGAAGCUACCCGGCGUCCUGUGGGCUUAUCGAACCACACCCGGACGACCAACAGGAAAUACUCCCUUCGCCCUCACAUAUGGUAUGGACGCAGUCAUUCCUAUAGAAAUAGGGCUACCCACUAUUCGGACCGAGGCAAGACGACAGGAUGAUGCAAAUGCGGAACUAGGAAUAAAUUUGGACUGGGCGGACGAAGUAAGAGAGAGCGCAUCCAUCCGGAUGGCCGACUAUCAACAAAGGGCAGCCGCUCACUAUAACCGCAAGGCAAGACCCAAGAGCUUCAAAAGUGGAAUGCUGGUCCUUAUGAAGGUUUUCGAAAACACUGCUGAGACAGGAGCAGGAAAGUUCCAAGCCAAUUGGGAAGGCCCCUACAUAGUAUCCAAGACGAGUGAAAGCGGAGCCUAUCAUCUACAGAAGCUAGACGGAACCCCGUUGCUUCGUCCAUGGAAUGUAUCCAAUCUUAAGCAGUAUUAUCAAUGA